UUGACAGUUGGAUAUUUGAUUCGAUUACCAAGAGGAUUUCAUUUGUCCCAAGAUUUGGUGAAAAUAGUGGGAUCAACAGAUUUUCCAGCAAAAGUGUAUGUCAUGCUCCAUCAAAGAAGUCCACAUGUGUUGUGUGCAACCCAACAACUGCGAAACGCUGAACUGGUAGAUCCAUCAUACCUGUGGCAUGGACCAAGAGGUAAAAUUAUCUCAGAAAACAGCACUAUACAAGUAACAUCAACAGGAAGCCUUGUAUUCCAGAACUUUGAGGAGGCUAUGAGUGGAGUUUAUACAUGUUUUCUUGAGUAUAAACCUACUGUGGAAGAAGUUGUUAAAAAUCUUCAACUAAAAUAUCUUGUGUAUGCCUAUCGUGAACCUCAUUAUUAUUACCAGUUUACUGCUCAAUACCACGCAGCUCCAUGCAAUAGUAUCUAUAAUAUUUCUUUUGAGAAGAAGCUCCUUCAGAUUUUAAGUAAAUUAGUUCUUGACCUUUCAUGUGAAAUUUCCUUACUUAAAUCUGAGUGCCAUCGUGUUAAAAUGCAAAGAGCUGGUUUGCAGAAUGAAUUGUUUUUCACAUUUUCAGUUUCAUCUCUAGACACUGAAAAAGGACCCAAGCCAUGCAAAGAUCAUAAUUGUGAAGCUUCAAAAAGACUUUCUAAGGCUAAAAAUCUCAUAGAGAGAUUUUUUAAUCAACAAGUAGAAGCUCUGGGCAAACGUGCAGAGCCAUUGCCUGAAAUCUACUACAUUGAAGGUACUCUCCAAAUGGUUUGGAUUAACCGCUGCUUUCCAGGGUAUGGAAUGAAUGCCCUGUCACAUCCAAACUGUCCUGAAUGCUGUGUUAUCUGCAGUCCUGGAUCUUAUAACCCUCGUGAUGGAAUUCACUGUCUUCAAUGCAAUAACAGCCUGGUGUAUGGAGCAAAAGCAUGCUUAUAAAACAUUAUUUUGAAUUUUUCAAUGAUUUAUUAAACACACAAAGAUGUUUUUGAAAAAAAAGCAUUAUAAAUCAAUAUUAUGCUAAAAUUAAAUAUAUUUGAUUUU